AUCUCUAAUCCUAAAAACGAACGGUGGCCAUUAAAGCUCAUCCUCCAAGAUCUGAGAUCUCCAUCACAAUUCCAAUCUCUUCUCCAACGUCCGAUCUCCAUACUUAACAAACUCAAUCCAAGUUGCGCGCCAAAUUUUAUCUUCUCUCUCUUAAAGGGUUUGUUUUGUCGGUGAUAGGAUGGCGGACGGUCCUGGUAGUCCGGCCGGUGGUAGUCAGAGCGGCGGAGACAGGAGUCCUCAGUCGAAUUAUAAUAUUAGAGAGCAGGAUAGGUUUUUGCCCAUUGCGAAUAUCAGUAGGAUUAUGAAAAAGGCGUUGCCCACCAACGGGAAGAUUGCCAAGGAUGCCAAGGAUACGGUGCAGGAAUGCGUUUCUGAGUUUAUCAGUUUCAUCACUAGCGAGGCUAGUGACAAAUGCCAGAAAGAGAAAAGGAAGACGAUCAACGGUGAUGACUUGUUGUGGGCGAUGGCUACUUUAGGCUUCGAAGAUUACAUUGAUCCACUCAAAGCUUACCUAUCUAGGUACAGAGAGUUAGAGGGUGAUAGUAAGGGGUCGGGUAGGGGUGGAGAUGGAUCUGGUAAGAAAGAUACUAUUGAAUCUCAACUUGCUUCUAAUGCACAGGUGAGUCAACGCGAGUUCCCUGCGGAAUCUUUUGAGUAUUUGAUUUUUAAGUAUAAGUAUUUUACUCAUCAAGGUUCUUUUACACAAGGCAUGAACUUUGUGAAUUCUCACGUCUGAACUUUCAGGCAAGGGGGAGCUGGGAGCAUCAUCUUGCUGUUCACUUAUGCAAGCCAAACACUCGUCGAACUUUCAAGCUUUGUGUUUACUGAUUCCGUUGAUUUCAAUUCUGCGGUCAGCAUAUAAUGUUUAAACAUGAUUUAUAACUUCUAUACCGUAUAGUUUUUAUAUGCAGUUUAAAAUAUAUGUAUUAAAUAUUUUGUUCAUCCCCCCAACAUGUUUUUUCUUGGGGCAUGAAAAAGUUUGUGUUUGUUUUCUGUUUGCU